AUGGCUGACGUACCACCCCCUUCCCCAUCCGAACUUCUGAGGAUGCAGCUGGCCAAGCUAUUUGAAGAACACUUCGCUGGAUCUGCAAUUUAUCUGCACGACUCGGAUUAUCUGAAUACAAUCAAGCAGGGACCAAAUGAAAGUUUGAAGGACUAUAUGACCGGCUUCAUGAAAGUCACCAUCAGUAUACCCGACCUCCACCUCGAGGUCCAUCUGCAUGCAAUCAAAAGCGGACUCCGACCUGGAAAGUUCCAAGAAACCAUCGCGGUGGCCAAGCCGAAGACCCUUGCCGAGUUUCGCGAGAAAGCCAAGGGCCAAAUUGAUAUCGAGGAGCUCAGACAAGCUCGGAAGUCCGAGAAAACAUAUUACCGAGGCGAAGAUAAGGCUCCGAGCAAUAAGAAAAAUUUUAAACUAACUCCUCGAUUUGAUUCUUAUACGCAGUUCAACACUAAGAGAGAGAACAUAAUCAAAGAAAUUUUAAAUUCAAAGCUAAUUAAGCCACCAAGGAAGGCUGGUACCUAUCAAGAUACCAAGAAUAUGGACAAGUCCAAAUAUUGUGCUUUCCACCAAAAGCACGGCCACACCACUGACGACUGUGUGGUCGCAAAGGACCUCUUGGAGCGGCUAGCCCGGCAAGGACACCUUGACAAGUAUAUUGGAGGUCACAUCCAAAAACGUACUCCACCUUCCAUAACAAACGACUCGUCCGAGCAACUAAACCGAGGAAAAGAGAAGAUCAUAUCGGAAACUAAGCGCUAA